UUGCACUCAGUGUGGGAAGAGUUUCGGCCAAUCAUCGUACCUUAAUCUACACAUGAGGAUCCACACUGGAGAGAAACCAUUUACAUGCACUGUGUGUUGGAGGAGUUUUAUUUGCUCAUCACACCUUAAUCAACACAUGAGGAUCCACACUAUAGAGAAACCAUUCACAUGCGCUCAGUGUGGGAAGAGUUUCAGCAGCUCAUCAAACCUUUAUCAACACAUGAGGAUCCACACUGGGGAGAAACCGUUCACCUGCACUCAGUGUGGAAAGAGUUUGGCAAGCAAAAGCAAACUGAAGAUUCACUUGAGGAUUCACACUGGAGAAAAGCCAUUCACAUGCACUCAUUGUGGGAAGAGUUUUAGCCACUCAGCAAACCUUAAUCAACACAUGAGGAUCCACACUGGAGAAAGACCAUUCAAGUGCACUCCAUGUCGGAAGAGUUUCAGCCAAUUAUCAUCCUUUAAGCAACACAUGAGGAUACACACUGGAGAGAAACCAUUCACAUGCCCUCAGUGUGGGAAGAGUUUCAGCCAAUCAUCAAAUCUUAAUCUACACAUGAGGAUCCACACUGGAGAGAAACCAUUCACAUGCCCUCAGUGUGGGAAGAGUUUUAGCCAAUCAUCAAAUCUUAAUCUACACAUGAGGAUCCACACUGGAGAUAAACCAUUUACAUGCACUCAAUGUGGGAAGAGUUUUAGCCACUUAUCACACCUUAAUCAACACAUGAUGAUCCACACUGGGGAGAAACCAUUCACAUGCACUCAGUGUGGGAAGAGUUUUAGCCACUCAUCACACUUUAAUCAACACAUGAUGAUCCACACUGGGGAGAAACCAUUCACAUGCACUCAGUGUGGAAAGAGUUUUAGCCACUCAUCACACCUUAAUCAACACAUGAUGAUCCACACUGGGGAGAAACCAUUCACAUGCACUCAGUGUGGGAAAAGUUUCAGCCAAUCAUCAUCCCUUAAUCAACACAUGAGGAUCCACACUGGAGAGAAACCAUUCACAUGCCCUCAGUGUGGGAAGAGUUUCAGCAAGUCAUCCUCGCUUUAUAGACACAUGAAGAUCCACACUGGAGAGAAACCAUUCACAUGCCCUCAGUGUGGGAAGAGUUUCAGCCUAUCAUCAUCACUUUAUAGACACAUGAAGAUCCACACUGGAGAAAAACCAUUUACAUGCACUAAGUGUGGGAAGAGUUUCAACCAAUCAUCAUACCUUAAUAAACACAUUAGGAUCCACACGGGAAAGAGAUCAUUCACAUGCACUCGGUGCGGGAAGAGUUUCACCCACUCAUCACACCUUAAAAAACACAUGAAGAUCCACACUGGUGUGAGAGAGUAAAUGUGCUUGGAGUGCGAGAAGACUUUUAUUACUGCUGCAGAAUUGAAACAGCACCAGAGGAUUCACACUGGAUAAAAACCGUACAAGUGUUCACUCUGCAGUAAGAGGUUUAUCACUCAGGAACCCUGUAAACACAUUAGAGGAUUUACACUGGAGAAAAACGGUAGACAUGAUCAGUGUGUGCAGAGUUUCACUCAUUCGGGGCAGCUUAAGAAACACAUGGGAUGGUUUCCAGUAUGGCGUUAACACAUGUAGCAGCAUAGAAAGAGCGCUCCCAUACACACUGGUAUUAAUCCUUCUUUUUACAUCAUAUGUAAUAACCAAAACCAUAUUUAAAUAACAUGAAGGGGGACAAAAACAAAAAGGCUAGGACAAAACAACCAUUGAA